AUGAAUUCUUCCGUCGUUCGUCUGAGGGCUAGCACACCCCUCCGCAACAUAAGCUUCAGAACUCGUGUUAUUCCCUCUGGCUACCGCUCGAUGGCUACCGCGACCCAAAAGAAGGAGUUCCUUUGUAUCUUGCCCGACAAGCCAGGGGUGUUAGAGCUUCGGAAGAGCGUGAAAGCAGGUCAUUACGAGGGCAUCAAGCCACUCAUUGCAUCUGGUAAAUUGCCAGCUGGUGUAGGAGCCAUCUUUGAAAAGCAUCCUGUGGAGGGAGAACCAGCCCUUUUUAAAGGUAGCGUAGUGGUGUACGCUGCCCAGAACGAGGCUGAAGUUCGUAAAAUCAUCGAGAACGACAUCUACGCUACAAGUGGCGUAUGGGAUCUCGAAAAGUCCCAAAUUAUUCCGUAUGUGGCGGCCGUUCGUCAGCCUCUUCCAAACUAA